AUGGGGCAUGAUGCUGGCGUGCUUGGUGGCGUGGUCUUGCACAAGCCAUUCCUGAAUGCAAUCGGCAAUCCUACCGGAGAAUGGGUCAUACCAUGGAUUUCCAGCUCCUACUCGCUGUCAGCGUGUAUCACCUGUCUGAUCGUGGCCACCUUCGCGUUCAAAAUUGGUCGGAGAGGCACGAUUCUCUUGGGUAAUGCCGCCGCCGUCGUCGGUUCCAUCAUCCAAGCCACUGCCAACUCUGUGGCACAGCUCACCGUUGGGCGGAUCAUCACUGGCUUUGCUAUCGGCUGCAUCUCCAGUGCUGUCCCCACCUACCUGGCCGAGACGGGCGUCGAAAUAGGGGAUCGUGGUCCAGCAAAUGCAUUCAAUGCCAUAAUGCUUAUUAGCGGGGUGCCAAUAGCAUAUUGGAUUGACUACGGCUGUAUCAAGUCCAAUGGCCAAUGGAGCUGGAGAGUUCCCAUUGCUUUUCAAUGUAUUUUUGCGCUCGUUGCGGGACUGUGCAUGCUUUUCCUACCGGAUACACCGAGAUACUACUAUGCGAAGAACCGCCACACGGAAGGCGACGACGCGCUGGAGCGGUUGAACGACGCCCCUAUCGACUCGGAACAAGUCCAGAGGAUCAAGCGUGAGAUUCUCAUCGCCAUCGAAGCAGAAGAGGAGGCAAAGUCAAGUCUACACUGGAAGGCCUUCACGACGAGCGGCAUCAUCGACCACACGCCUAUGAAGAUCAUCAGACGGCUAUGCAUCUGUUUUUGGCUUCCGAUGAUCCGAGAAUGGAUGGGUUCUUCGCUGCUUGCCUAUUGGAGCUCUGUUAUUCUCAGCCGAGUGGGCGCCGCCCCAUCCCUAGUCAGCCUGCUCGCGGGUAUUCUCAACAUUUGCUUUGCGCUGGGCUGUGUGCCGCUCUACUUCACGAUUGAGAAGGUCGGACGGCGAUCCGUUCUUCUGUACGGAGCCUGCGUCAUGUCCGUCCCGAUGCUCAUCAUUACGGUCCUCCAAGCUGUGCCCGCGACACAGUCCAUCCAAUGGGCGGGGAUCGGGAUCAUCUUCGCCUUCCUGUUCGUGUUUGGAUAUGCCUGGCAGGGUUGCGUGUGGCUGUACUGCUCCGAGAUCGCGCCGCUCGAGUAUCGACACGUCGGCGGCGCAUUCACCGGGUUCGGCGAGUGGCUGAUGACCUUCAUCACCGUCUUCGCGGGCCCCAUCGGCCUGACCAACGUCGGCUGGAAGUUCUGGCUGUGGGUCCUCAGCGGCAACCUCGUGGCCGUCGUAUUCGUCUUCUUCCUGUGUCCAGAGACGGGCGGCAAGACCCUGGAGCAGGUCGACUUUUUGUUCUCCAAGAGCGCCUUUGUCACCGGCAUGAAGAAAGCCGAGCGUGAUCUGGAAGAGGAUGAAGGAGAGAACGGCAAUGAGCGCUGGAUUGAGCUCCAGGGAAAGACUGCAGAGCAGCACGUCGAGAUCAAGGGCUAG